AUCAGCAGCGGCUGGUGGAAUUUAAACCCCCGAGCCUGGCAGCCGAGCCGGGCCGGGCAGCUCCGCGCUGCAGCCGGGGUGUGUUGCGCCAGGAGCCGCAGCCGGAGCCGGAGCCGCUGCGUUCGGGGCUCGCCUCCGUGUCUGCGCCGCCCGGUCCAGCCUCGCUGGGAGCUGCGCCGGAGGGACCCGCCGCCAGCCGCACGAGGAGCCGAGCGGACCCGGCCCCGGCCCCGGGCAGCAUCAGCUGGGCUCCAACAGCAGUUCAGCCUGCUGCCUUCAGAUCAAGAAGCCCUUUGAGAGACUAGAAGCAUUCCCAGCUCUGCUCUGCAGCACAUGAUGUAAUCCAAUCUCCCAAUAAGUCAGAAGUUAAUUUUCGGAACGCUCGGCUGGAGUCGUGCGGCCCCAUUUAGCAGCUGGGCCCCCAGCCACGGACUAGCCCCGGGCAGGCGAUUGCCCUCUGACCGCUGGCACAGCUGCAAUCCAGAGCUGGUUCCAUCCCCAGGUGGCUGCCGUGGUGCUUGGGGCCAGGAGGAUGGCUGCCGUGUGACCAGCCCGCGCCCUGGCCCAGCUCCCCGCCUGGCGGGCGUGCUACGGCACUGCAAUGAAUGAUGCGUCAACGCUGGAUUAUGAACUGCUGUCCCCCUCCCUGGUGGAGCCCCCCGCCACCGGCCUGGGCAUGGACGCCGAGCAGAAGACGGUCUUUGCCUUCGUCAUCUUCCUCCUGGUCUUCUUGGUGAUGCUUAUGGUGCGCUGCUUCCGCAUCCUGCUGGACCCCUACAGCCGCAUGCCCGCCUCUUCCUGGACUGACCACAAGGAGGGGCUGGAGCGGGGCCAGUUCGACUACGCGCUGGUGUAGUGGGGCCAGGAGCUCAGUGCGCCGCCCCCCCUCCCUGCCUUUCUCUGCCCCCACAGGGACACUGCCAGCUGGAAGAGGCCUGGCUGGGUUUGUCUCUUUUCUAGGCACUUCUCCUUUUUCUCCUCAGGCUGCAGCACCGUGCACAACUUGGAUAUUUGGGGGGAUCUGGUGAGGGGGUGUCUGGGGUGGGAUGAGCCUGGCGAGCUCUUGAUUCAAAACAGGCCCCCCAGACGGCACUCUGCCGUGCUUCUCAGUGUUGUGUGCUAUGGGGGUGGGCAGGGGCAGGGCCUAUUGGGAUGGGGUGGGGCUGGGGGUGGGGGGGCGCAUGCUGCGGGUCAGGUUUCUCAGGGUUUCUGAGCUGGGUGGCUGUGUACCAGACACGGCCUGAGCAUGGUGUCUGCUGCCUGCUGCCGUCUCCCAGGACAGGGCUGUGCAGUUCUUCCUCCGGGUAUCCUCAUGGCUGAGCCCUGCUUGUCGGGGCGGGGGGGUUGUUAUAGGCAUCUCAAGUGCUGGCUUCUGUGACUUUCCCAUUGGUUUCAUAGAAUCACAGAGUAUCAGGGUAGGAAGGGACCUCAAGAGGUCACCUAGUCCAGCUCCCUGCUUAAAGCAGGACCCAUCCCCAAUUUUUGCCCCAGAUCCCUAAAUGGCCCCCUCAAGGAUUGAACUCACAACCCUGGGUUUAGAAGGCCAAUGCUCAAACCACUGAGCCAUCCCUCCCACCGAGGGUACCCUGCUCCAUGUGAGUUGGACGCUGCCCGUGCCUGCCCCAUGCAGCCAUGGCCCCACGUACGAGGCACCCCUGCCGCCUGAGUGCCAUGAGUGCACAGCUCCCUCCUUGGCGGAGUGCCCCCUAUUGGCGUUACACUGUAGCAAACACCACCCCCCCAGCUGGAGAAAACGCCUCUGACCAAAAGUGAAGCCCUGCAGCCGAGGACAGGGCUCCUGCUCCAGCUGCAGGGCACCAGGCAGCCCGGCCCGCUCACCCUGGGGAUGCUGCAGUGACGGGAAGGAACUAACGCACCCCAGUGAGCCAUGAGCCUGCUCCCAGCGCCUUUCCAGGCCUGCCAGCGGCUCGGCACCAGAGGUGCUGGCUCCGGUGGGAUGGAGGACGCUCUCCCCGCCCAAGUGCUCGAUCAGGCGCGGCUGACACCUCCCAGCUGCCCAGGGCACCGGGAGCAGAGCUGACGUGCUGGAGCUUUGUCUGGGACAAGGCCUCACUUCCUGUCUCCUGCCCAGGGCCAUGCUAGCCUUCCAGGGCGAGAAAGACUAGCCAGGCUCCCAGUCGGGCUAUAGCAGGAGGGUUUGGGGUGAGGGUGUACAGCUGAGGGGUGCACCCAGGGGAGAGCAGACCCUCCUCCUCCACAGAACUAAAGCUGCACUUCUGCUAACCCUGCCCAGCUCAGCCUCCUCUCUCUGCUGCUUGUCAUGGAUACACCAUCUCCCUAGAACUAGAACAUCUGGCCCCAUGUGCUGCCACGUCCCCCCACGUGAGCCAAAGCUGGCCAUAGGCCCCACCACAUCCCCCAUGAGCCAGAGCCAACCCCAUAACUGCCACGGUCCCUGUGUGAGCCCAGUGGGGUCCCGCAGGGAUCGGCUGUUGGCCCUCCAGUAUUUAACAUUUUUAUCAAUGACCUGUAAGAAAACAUAAAACCAUCCCUGGUAAAGUUUGCAGAUGACACAGUCGUUGGAGGAGUGGUGAUUAGGACAGGCCACUGGUAGGGCGCGAUUUGGCUCUCUUGGUAAGCUGAUGUAAGAAGUAUAGGUGUCAUAUGCCUUGAAAAUACAUUGUUCACAGCUCUUGUCCUCUCUCUGCCCUUCUAAGUAACCGCAGCCAAUCAUCCUGGUGUAUCUUCCAAACCCUUAGCUUCCUCUUUGAGCUAAAGGCAAUGAGGAUCAAUAGGGCCUGUCCCAGCAGGUGGGGCAUCUUGUCUGGGGAGCACAAAUUAAGCUAAAGUUAAACUAUACAAUUCCCAGGAAAGGAAAACUCUGAUGCUUGAUAAGGGUCCUCCCAGCUGUUGCUAGUUAUUCACACCAAAGAGUCCCUUAUUCACUAGUGGUUAAGACUUCCAACUCUCUUCAUCUAGCUAAAGAGACCCCGUACCGGGCAACAGACAAGAAUAAUUGCCCCCUGUCCUGUGCCCUAUUGUCUCAUGUCUUUGGGCUGCCCUCCCACCCGGGAACACCCAGGUGCGCCUGCCUCUGUUUCCCCUUUCAGAGUGCUCAGGAAUUCCUCUAGAAGCUCUCUUGCCUCAGUCAUACCCCUUCUUGGACUGGUUAUUACAAAAUUACUGUGCCAACAGUCCAAAAGGCAAGUGGAACACAUAGUCCAUUUAUCACCCCAGUGCAGGUAGUCCUUAAAAUCCAAACUUCAUCCACGGACAUAAUACAUCCUGCACUCCGGUGCCUUCUGCCAUGCCCUACCAGCUGGAGUUCAACACUCCUGUUCCCAGCAGGACCCCCACAGCCUCUCUGCAUCCCUCAUUCCCCUGGCCCUGUCACUGUUCCCUGGGCUCCAGCUCUCUGGCAUGGAGAUGGCAGUAGGUUAACCCCUCUGCUGCCCUCCGGCCUCCAGCCCUUGGCUCCAGCACUCUGGCUUAGAGCCAGCAGGUACCUCUCUCUGCUAUUCUCUGGCCCUGGACCUCUGGCUUGGGGAUGUCAGCCAGCAAACCACUCUUGCUGCUCUCUUGGCAUCAGCCUUCCCCCAGGCACCUCCUCCAGUCCUCUGGCCUCUGGCAGCUCUUCCCUGCAGCUCUCUGGACUCUCACUCCCAGGCAGCUCUCACCUCCCCUUUCCUGACUCACCAAGUUGCUCUUCCCUUGAGGCUUCAGGUGCCUUCUUGUAAUCCCAACUGGAGUGAGCUGAUGAAUCACAGGUGCACUGGCUCUGCGCCCUCUUGAGAAGCUAGUGUCAGCCUGUGACAUUUCUUUGGUAUGAACCAAGGACCGGGAGUGAGUAUGGAAGGAGUUAAACCGACGAGAAAUAACUUGUGAAACCUGACGAUCAAAUGGGGCACACUUCUCGUUCCCCCAAGAAAUCCAAACUGCUUACCCCUCUCCCCAAACUUGACAGUUGUUUGCCUUAUUAAUCAGAUCUUCAUCUUUCUAUGUGAAUAAUCUGUCUUGUUCCUCCAAUGUAAUGUCUCGUGUCCUAUGAUAAGCCCUGAAAGAUGUGCAGAGUGUUGAUAUAAUCCAAGAAUAUAUGGACUGUGUCCUCUAGAUUUAGAAAACUAGAAGGGAUUUUGUUUGUUUUCUUUGUUAAUGAUUGUUGCACUAGAGAACUAAAUGCAUUGUAUGGCAUGAGAAGAGAUAACAAUACUACAUAGGACUAGAUGGGGCCAUUUGGAUCAUCGAGUAUUGCAUGGUACAGGCACUGAACCAAGGUAUAACUUUGGAAUAUUAAGAGAAAUUGCUUAAAGGAGGGAUCCCAAUUCAAGUCAGGGUUAAUACUGAAAUAUAAUCUAUGAAAUUAAUCAAACCUAAAAAAAACCCCCAUGACUAAAAGGGGCAUUGAAGAAAUUUGUUAUAUGCCAUCACCAUCUACUGGACACUGAUGGAAGUAACAAAGAAAGAGCAUUGGAAGUUGAGAGUCAUUUAGAAAGCAUCCAAUAGAAACAAGAGGGCAGACACCUUCCAGCUAGCCCUGAAAUCAGGGUACAUAAACCUGAAGUCAUUUGGGACCUCAGAGCUUGCUGAACCCAGUAACCAGCCUCUCCCCUUAUCCAGGCUCAUGGGACCAAGAAGAAUUCGCAGUGUUUGCUGAACCUCCAUGUGUGGAUGAUUCUCCUCAUUCAGGGUCACAGGUCUAAGCGGGAGUGACUGAACCCACAAAUAAGGUACAGAAUCCAGCAGUGUAACAGACAUGUGAACCAGCUGUAUGUCAAGGAUCCCCCAUCCCAGGGUUAACAAGAUAAGAAGAAGUGAUGAGCGUCCGUUUCAAAGAUUAUAUUUCCCUCUCUGCUCUUUAACUGAAGGUUUGCGUUAGCUCACAGAGUCUACACCCUUUAGUGAGACUUCAAGUAACCAAACUUUGGUUUUUAACUAACUAACACCAUAUGUAUACUCUCCUUAUAAGUCCAAGCAGACUGGAAUAAGAGUGAUUUAAACUGUAACUUUAAGCAAUUGCUUUUGAUAUUUUAAACUUGCCCCUUUCAUACCAAACCAUUCAAAUAGCAGGGACCACAUUCUUCAAGGUGCCUUUAAAACAAGUGCAUCCUUACUCCUUGGAGAGGUACUAGUAGUGUAUUAAACAUAUUAGAAGUACUAAAGAAUUGAUGGUUAAUGAUCUUAAGAAUGGAAUAAGAAAUCUUGGUGAUUUGCAUUGUUCCUUGGUAUAACUGCUGAGCCUCAACCCUAGUCUAUGACAAUUGCUUGCAAGAUUGUAUUUAUGUGUUCAGUAAAUGCCUAAGAACAUUGGUUGUGUCUAUACUUGGUUGACGAACUGUUGAUUGUAUACUUUUGUGUUUCUGGGUGAAUUAAAUAAACUGUUGAUUGGUUAAGAACA